AUAACCAAACAUAACCAAAAUCAAGUAUAAAUAAAUAAAGUUUAAUGUUAUAUUUUUAGUUUUUGAACUAUGGCUUGUGCAACUAUAAACUUUGAGAAAGUAUGUAGAACAUGUCUUUCUCAAUCAUCUGAAAUGAGGUCUUUAUUUAGUACUGAGUGUACAAAUGAAAGUAACAUUAAACUUUCCGAUAUGUUAAAUUCAUGUACAAGUUUGCAGGUGAUCGAAAAUGAUGGCUUACCUGGACAAGUUUGUUCCAAGUGUGUCGAUUCCAUUAUUAGUUCUUGUUUGUUCGAACAACAAUGUUGCAAGUCAGAUUAUACCUUGAAAGAACUCUUGUCCCAGGAAGUGGGCUCUACAUUAGUUGAAUUAAGACCCCUAGAUGCAUUACUAGGACAGACCUUGAAUGCUCCAUUAAUUAUAAGCGAUUUAUGUGAUAAUUUUCAGCAAGAAUUUGGUGCCCCUUUACAUAGUAUAGAUAAUUCAAAUAGCCUGCAGUCAGAAGAAAAUGUGUCAGUUAAUAAUAGUGGGGAAUUAAAGCAUCUUGAAUCUUUUUCUGAAUUAGGAAAUGAAAAUAAUUGUGCUUUAAAUGCAAGAGUAGAUGAAGAUGAAACAAAGCAGCCUUUGUUUGCUUGCGAGACUGUUGGAUGUUUUUCUUGUUUUACCACAGAGAAGGAUUUGAAGAAACAUAAAAGGAGUCAUUCUCCGUUACCAAUAAUUCGUGUAUGUAAAAAAUGCAAUCAGAAAUUCUCCAGUGCUAGCACAUUAUCUAGACAUUUGUCAACAGUUCAUCAGGAAGGCAGUAAAAGGCAUAUGUGCAAUGAAUGCGGAAAAGGAUUUGCUAGGUCUGAUGAUUUAAAAAGACAUUUAAGAACGCAUACAGGAGAGAAACCAUUUCAGUGUAAACUAUGUGGAAAAGCCUUUGCCCAGUCAUCCAAGUUAGUGGAACAUACAAGAGCUCAUUCAAACGUUAAAGAUUUUCUUUGUUUAGUAUGUGGUAAAGCUUUUGCAAGAUAUACUAGUUUAAUGGCACAUAACAAAACACAUACUGGCAUCAAGACUCACGAAUGUAGGGAAUGUGGAAAAAUGCUGUGCGGUUCAGGUUCAUUACAAAUGCAUAUGAAGACACACACAGGCGAGCGUAAUUUUAUGUGCAAUUUUUGCGAUAAGACUUUUACAUCUCAAAGUAAUUUGACCAUUCAUAUAAGGACUCACACAGGUGAGAAACCUUAUAUUUGCAAAACGUGUGGAAAAGGUUUUCCUGAUCAUUCUCGUUUAAAUGUUCAUAUGAGGAUUCACAGCGGUGAAAAACCCUAUAUAUGCUCAUAUUGUAACAGAGGAUGUGUUAGUUCUUCUCAGUUAAAGAAACACGUCCGUAUCCAUACAGGAGAAAAGCCCUAUGGUUGUAACUUGUGCUCUAAAAAGUUUAGUAGAGGAGAAGAUUUAAAAGUACAUAUGAAAAUUCAUAAAGGUGAAAGGGAUUACGUCUGCACUAUUUGUCAGAAAGGUUUCUAUCAGUCCAACACACUGAAGGUACACAUGAGGAUACAUACGGGAGAAAAACCAUACUGCUGCUGUAUAUGCGGAAAGAAAUUUUCACAGACAGGGCCCUUCUCAAUACACAUGAGAACACAACACCAAGUCAGUAUGGAUGGAGUUCAGAAUCUCGAAGGAAAACUUAUUCAAUAUUUAUGAACUGUAAUAUUGUUAAAUAUUGAAUAUAAAAUAAUUUAUCAG